GUACUAUAGUGCUAGGACUAAACUAGUUCUACUGUGAAAGUGAUAUAGUGCUAGGACUAUGCCGUGUUUGACCGCCUGUUCUGUAUCCGUGAUGACUGACCACGACAAAAAGAGUGGGCGGGUCUGUACUACCAAGGGGCUUCUGUGCGCCUUUGUCGGAUUGUGUGUCGUCAUGUUCGCCAGUGUGUUUGUUUACUGGUAUCAAGUUAACGAAAUAUUCACGCUGUCUGUGCAGCUGACUGACAACGUUAAGGAAUUCUAUGAAAAGGACGCCAAAGCGUUACUGAGAGUUCUUAAACUGUCGGAAUUAAGUAACGGAGAGGUGACGCCUGACUUAACGCCAGAUGUUAGCAGAUUGGUGUCCACGGACAUAUCCGAUCGUCCUGACAACUGUAAAACAUGUUUCAAUCAUAACUUUAAUUACGUGUUAGACAACGACCAAAUUUGUGAUCGUAAUGACACAUCCCCUGAAAUAGAUGUCGUCAUUCUGAUAUUUACAGUUCACAAGAACAGACUACAGAGGGAAACCAUACGUAACACAUGGCUAACGUAUGCUAAAAAUAACUCUUUGGAUUCAAACAUUCGGUAUGCCUUCCUACUAGGAGCUCCUGCUAAUCCAGAAAUGGAUGAACAAGUAAGAGAAGAAUUUAAAGUGUUCAGAGAUAUUCUUCAGGAAGACUUCAAGGAUGCUUACAGUAACUUGACGUACAAAACCAUGAUGGCGUACAAAUGGGCCAGCACCAAAUGUAAGCACGCGAAAUUUGUGAUGAAAACUGAUGAUGAUAUGUAUGUCAACAUUCCAAAUAUUCUUAAAACAUUAAACACUAACAAAGACAAGCUACAGACACAUGUAGGCGGAGUGUGUCAUCAGACGGCUAAACCUAUCCGGGAUAGCCGAUCCAAAUGGUAUGCAUCAAAGAAAAGUUUUCCUGGGAGUGAUUAUCCGGGAUUUUGUUCCGGUACCGGGUACGUUACUAGUAUGAACGUGGCUACAAAGGUGUUUGAAAUGUCCAAACAUGUACCAUUUUUCCACCUUGAAGAUGUGUAUGUUUCGCUCUGCAUAAAAAAACUUGGAUACAGCCUAUUGGCUAUCCCAGGGUUCAAUGGUGGGAGAUUUGCAGCUGAUCCCUGCAUAUACCACGGUAGCACCAUGAUGACGUCACAUGAAGUUCCACCGGAUAUGAUGAAAAAGUUAUGGUUUGGAAAAUGCAAAAAACUUGGCUGAUUUGGAUUUACAUUAAGUUUCUUCUACAAAGUGUUAGAAUUUUAUAUUGUAAAGAGCAUUCAGAAAUAUAUUGAUAAGGAGAACUAAAAUGUUCAGACGGGUAACUGGAUUGAUUAUAAACGAUGGACAUAAUGUGUCUGUAAAAACUACCAUUAAGCCAUCAUAAGAGGUUCCUCCCCUCCGCCGUACACAAGUGAAACCUAUAAACACUGUGGUGCUACAUUUGGUGGCUUUUGUAAGCAAUAUUUUAGUUUAUUAUUGAUUUAAUGUUUAUGUUAUUUCCUCCCGUUUCUUUUAUGUUUCUCUAAGAAAAAAGAAGGAAAGUUGUUACUGAUAUUGCACAAAAUAGUUUAAAUCUAAAAGUGUUUAUAACAAAAUGGAUACCAAGAUACCAGAUUCUUAAUACGCAAUACCAAUUAAUGGAAGUCGUUUUUAUGGUUUAUUAUAAUGAACUGAAAGAGCCAGUUUAAAUACUUUUGAUAUUUAAUGCCUAUUUCGGCACACACUCACUGAAUUAAUUACAAAUCUUUCUCUUAACUACGUAUUAAUAUGUUUUCCCUCGAUUUUAUGUAUAAAGUCGUGUGUAUACUGUAUACGGCAGAUUACUUAAUUUUUGCGACAAAUACAAAUAAUUUCCUCGUUAAUUAGUAAGAGGAUACAGUUUCACAUUAAUUAUUAAUUCAAGUGUCUGACCAGAAUAACCAAGUUAUCAAGGUUUAUAAUUAUUGAUACAC